AUGGGAGCCCUGAACUAUCACACUGCACAUAGGGAACAGGCUGAUUUCACAGAGGUGCUGGAGAGGAAGAGUCAGCCGGACCAGUGUGAUGGAAAUUGCUCUCCUUGUGGCCUGGGAGGGCCCCCAACACCCUCCCCACAGCACUGCAUCCCAGCUGCCCCCCCAACGCACACUGUUUCUGCAGCCAGCCCCAUCUGUGGCUCACUUGGUUCAAUACUAGAGGCUGCAGAUCUGCUUGGCAGUGUGGCGGUUGCCACGGAGUGCGUUUUGAAUUCUAAGGACCAGAGUUGCGAGCCAGAGCAGCAGGCACCUGGGGCGCAGCCUUGCCACCUCGUUAGGAUGACCAGAGGGGCUAAGACAGCGUACACACUGCAGCCCCCCUCAGGGCUGAGUGGCGGCCCGCCUGCAGACACACAAAUUCGAGCCGCUUCUAAGAGUUUAUUACCUGUUAAGUCUAAAGAAGUCGAUGUUUCCAGAAUUCUUCAUCCAGGAGUUUCAGAGAAUGAUAUUAUGAAAAUCAUCAAACUGAGACGAGACAGGCAGGUAAAAGCCGCAGGUACUGCCAUCAAGAGGAACGUCAAAAAGAGCUACAAACUAUUGAGUAAGCAGAAAUCAGAGGAAGAACUCAAGGAUAAGAAGUAGCUCUUACAGGCCAUCAACAAGCAGUUGCACCAGAAAUUGACUGAAACUCAGGGAGAACUGAAGGACCUGACCCAAAAGGUGGAGCUGCUGGAGAAGUUUCAGGACAACUGUUUGGCAAUUUUGGAGAGCAAGGGCCUCAAUCCAAACAGUGAAACUGCUGAAUCACAGGAAGAAUCCAGCACGGACCACACGGACUCCAUGUUGCUGUUAGAAACUUUGCAAGGUGAACUGAAGCUUUUUAAUGAAACAGCCAAAAAGCAGAUGGAGGAAUUAUAGGCCUUAAAAGUAAAGUUGAAGAUGAAAGAAGAAGAGAGGGCCCAGUUCCUGGAA